GCACCCCUGCGCAGUGGUGACUGUUUUCUCCCACAGAUACACACCGAGGAAUAACUGAGCACAAACAAAACAAAACAAAAACAGAUGUGACACGAGUUCAGUUUGGAGGGGAAUUCAAACUGUCGCCAACACAGCUGAACCGGACAGUCCGGCAAAGCUGAUGAAAUGUCCGAAAUGGCCAACUUUGGCGGUUUAAGCCACUAGGCUGUGCGUUAUCGUUCACACUCGCCUACUCCACACCAGUCUUAAGCUAUUGCUUAUUAACAAACACUCUCCGUCGGUCGAACGAGCGUGUGAGGAAUCGGCUUAUCGUUUCGAUUCUGUGUUGUGCUGAGAGAGGAGAGGCUGUGCGCGCUGUGGAUGUGAGAGCUUUGAUGAUUAGUGAAUCCACUCCGCAGAUCGUUCAGGGAAGGCAGAUGCUGAGGAGCAGUUUGUGUCUGGGCUCGUUUUUUGGGAGAAAAAAAAAGUGACACUCCACCAUCAUGGUGCGUCCAAUCAUCGUGCAGAAAUGAACUACUCAGGCAUGUUUUCACGGUUUUUCUAACCGAUGCAAUUAGGUGAUAAACAUGUCCAUAACGCAUGGAGGGACCUUGUGAGACCAACAACUCUUGUCCUAAAUGGCAGAACUUGAAGUUUGCAGAAAUCUCAGUUUGGAGAAGGUGGAGCGAUGCAUGGGUGUGAUGCAGUCGGGGACGCAGAUGGUGAAGCUGAAGGCAGGAUCCAAAGGGCUGGUGAGACUCUUCUACCUGGAUGAUCAUCGCUCCUGCAUCCGCUGGAGGCCCUCACGCAAGAGUGAGAAGGCCAAGAUCACCAUUGACUCACUGUACAAAGUGACUGAGGGCGGUCAAUCAGACAUUUUCCAUCGUCAUGCCGACAGCAGCCUCGACCCGACCUGCUGUUUCACCGUGUAUCAUGGAAACCACAUGGAGUCCCUCGAUCUGGUGACCACAAAUGCAGAAGAAGCCAGGACCUGGAUCACUGGCCUCCGUUACCUGAUGGCUGGGAUCAGUGAUGAAGACUCGCUGGCCAAACGACAGCGCACACACGACCAGUGGCUAAAACAGACGUUUGAAGAGGCCGAUAAGAAUGGAGACGGUUUCCUGAACAUUGAAGAAAUAUACCAACUUCUCCACAAGCUGAAUGUCAAUCUGCCACGGAGAAAGGUCAAACAAAUGUUCCAGGAAGCAGACACUGACGAUCAGCAGGGCACGCUGACCUAUGAAGAGUUCUCUGUCUUCUACAAGAUGAUGUCUCUGCGACGGGACCUGUUCCUGCUGAUGAUGGCGUACAGUGACAGGAAGGAUCACCUGACAACAGAGGAGCUAGCCAACUUACUGCGUAACGAGCAGAAGAUGGCCAAUGUGACUCCAGAGUAUGUUGCAGAAAUCAUUGACAAGUUUGAGAGGUCUGAUGAGAACAAACAAAGAGGCGUCAUAGGGAUUGAAGGUUUUACAAGUUUCAUGCGCAGUCCAACGUGUGACAUUUUCAACCCUUUGCACCACGAGGUGAACCAAGACAUGGACCAGCCUCUUUGUAACUAUUUCAUCGCCUCCUCUCAUAACACAUACCUGACUGGAGACCAGCUUCUCUCCCACUCCAAGACCGACAUGUAUGCCUGGGUGCUGCAGUCCGGCUGCCGCUGCGUAGAAGUGGACUGUUGGGACGGACCUGAUGGAGAGCCGAUGGUCCAACACGGAUACACUCUGACCUCCAAGAUACCGUUCAAGUCUGUCAUAGCGACCAUCAAUAAAUAUGCCUUCAUUAAUAACCAGUACCCAGUAAUUCUGUCCAUAGAGAACCACUGUAGCAUCCAGCAGCAGAAGAAGAUUGCUCAGUACCUGCGAGAAAUCUUUGGAGACAAACUGGACGUGAGAGAUGCCCUGAGCAGGGACUCAAAAACAUUACCCAGUCCUCAGAGCCUGCAGGGCAAGAUCCUCAUCAAAGGCCGGCCGGCCGUCAACGGACCUUGACGGCCGGCCGUUCUGUGGUUCUCCAGAUUCUACAGAUGGCCAGUCCGCCCCUGGCCAGAGGGCUCCACGAAGCCAAGCUGGGCGAUCCCGGAGAAAUCCUGCCCCGAACCCGCGUCAGCAGAGGACUGCGGGUUGGGGUGCGCCGCCCGCUCGGAGUUGACGGGCAGCGGGACGCGAGGAUGAAUCCUGACUCCAAUAUUUAUGAUCCACUGUGUGCAUAAAUAAAAAUGAUUGCAAUUA